CGCACUGGCACCAGCGGAAAAGUUUUGUCGCUUCCUGGGCUGGAUUCCCACCAGCUGGGAUUCCGCGUGCCAAGAUCGGUGGCUUGACAUGGGCUCCCUGCUUCGCCCUCGUCUUCAUUCCACGUACCUACCUAACCUCGUGCGAGCGUCCUUGCAGCGCUCUCCACGAAGAUUCUCUGCCUUCACCUGCCUCUCCCCCCCUUAGCCCUCCCACCCAGCCCCUUUGUCCCCCCCCAACCGCAACCAUGAGAGAGUGCAUCUCGAUCCACAUCGGCCAGGCCGGUAUCCAGGUCGGCAAUGCCUGCUGGGAGCUUUACUGCCUCGAGCAUGGCAUCCAGCCUGAUGGCCAGAUGCCCAGCGACAAGACCGUCGGAGGAGGAGAUGAUGCAUUCAACACCUUCUUCAGCGAGACUGGCGCUGGAAAGCACGUGCCCCGCUCCGUGUUCCUGGAUUUGGAGCCCACUGUCAUUGAUGAAGUGAGGACUGGAACGUACCGCCAGUUGUUCCACCCCGAGCAGCUCAUCUCUGGCAAGGAGGAUGCCGCUAACAACUUUGCCAGGGGUCACUACACCAUUGGCAAGGAGAUUGUGGACCUCUGCCUGGACCGCAUCCGCAAGCUGGCAGACAACUGCACUGGCCUGCAGGGCUUCCUCGUCUUCAACGCCGUCGGUGGAGGAACUGGCUCUGGCCUCGGGUCUCUUCUUCUGGAGAGGCUGUCCGUCGACUAUGGAAAGAAGUCCAAGCUUGGGUUCACUAUCUACCCCUCACCCCAGGUGUCCACCGCGGUGGUUGAGCCCUACAACAGUGUUCUGUCCACCCACUCCCUUCUGGAGCACACCGAUGUGGCAGUCCUUUUGGACAACGAGGCCAUUUACGAUAUCUGCCGCCGCUCCCUGGACAUUGAGAGGCCGACCUACACCAACCUUAACAGGCUGAUCUCGCAGGUCAUCUCCUCUCUGACUGCUUCCCUCCGUUUCGACGGUGCCCUGAACGUCGACAUCACUGAGUUCCAAACCAACUUGGUGCCCUACCCCCGCAUCCACUUCAUGCUCUCGUCCUAUGCUCCGGUCAUCUCAGCGGAGAAGGCCUACCACGAGCAGCUGUCUGUCGCUGAGAUCACCAACAGUGUUUACGAGCCCUCGAGCAUGAUGGCCAAGUGCGACCCCCGCCACGGCAAGUACAUGGCGUGCUGCCUGAUGUACCGUGGCGACGUCGUCCCCAAGGACGUCAACGCCGCCGUCGCCACCAUCAAGACCAAGCGCACCAUCCAGUUCGUCGACUGGUGCCCCACCGGGUUCAAGUGCGGUAUCAACUACCAGCCCCCCACCGUCGUGCCCGGCGGUGACCUGGCCAAGGUGCAGCGCGCCGUGUGCAUGAUUGCCAACUCCACCAGCGUGGCCGAGGUCUUCUCGCGCAUUGACCAUAAGUUCGAUCUGAUGUACGCCAAGCGUGCAUUCGUGCACUGGUACGUCGGCGAGGGUAUGGAGGAGGGCGAGUUCUCCGAGGCCCGUGAGGAUCUGGCGGCCCUCGAGAAAGACUAUGAGGAGGUCGGCGCUGAGUCUGCUGAGGGCGAGGGUGAGGAGGAGGGCGAGGAGUACUAGAUAGCGAGCUUUGACUGACUACAGAGAUUUCACCACCCAACUGUGCAAACUGUGUAUAGGUGACGAACUCUUAGACUUCUUGCCGAGAUGGCAGCCCUUGCAAACGAUUGUGCGACUUCAGUUCCUCAUGUGCACUAUGUUCUUGCCGCCAGUUACACAGGCGAGGGCAUCAAUUCAUGCCUUGCUGUGUGGUUUCAUCGAUUGAGA